AGUGCCUUCUUGAUUACCUUCGUUCGGCCAACAACAAACAAACAACCAAAGAAGCCGCAAAGAUGUGUUUAGAUAUUGCUACCGGCAUGAACUAUUUGGUCGCUCAUGGAUGCUUACACACACUUCUUGCGGCCCGCAACUGCUUCAUUACGGACGAGUCUUUGGUGAAGAUAUCGGAUUACGGCAUUUCCAGUGCCGCGACAGGUUAUACUAAAGACCUAGCUCUGUUUCCGGUCAAAUGGUCCGCACCAGAACUGUUAAGAAGCGAACCACCAACAGCCAAGUCGGAUGUCUGGAGCUACGGAGUGGUAAUGUGGGAAAUAUUCUCUAAGGGAGACAAGCCACAUUCCGAACGAAAUAACAUCGUUACACAGACCUUUGUAAUGAACAAGGAGGUAUUGCCAGCACCCAAAGCGACACCUGACAGCAUUUACCACAUCAUGAAGCGCUGCUGGGCUUUCGUUCCAAGAGAUAGGAUACUAUUUGAAGAAAUCAUUGAACAGAUUGACAUACUGAUCAAGAGUCCGCCAUCCGCAGAGAAGUGGAGCUAAUCAGUAUUAUAAGUGUUAGUCUUAUGGUAGAUUUAAUCGUUCUUUAUGAAUUUAAUGUUCAUCAAUCGACCAUGAAUUUAUACGCAUAUCUUUAGUAAACAUCAUUUACUUCGUCUGUUUCCCGAAGAAAGUAUGUCGAGGUAUUGUCUUAAUCUUGGCUUCCUUUCCGAUUUCGUCGUCAUCAGACUGUAAUAAAACUGUUUAAUAAAUGAAAGAUUGACUGAACAUGUGUAACGCAAUGAUAUUUUCGUUGACUGACAACAUGGUGCCGAGAAAAAACAUAGUGCCAUUGACCAAAGUUCGUCAUUUUAACUAGCAUUAUUUAUUCUCGUAAAUUAUGUAAACUUACAACUUAUACUACCUUUAUAGAUUGAAAAGGCUUACGACUGUAUGUAUCGAUAGGAAGAUACAUGUUUAUAACAAAACAAAAUGCUUAAACGGGCACUAUGUUAUGUGCCGUUAUACCUUUGUGUCAGUUUGUUCCUUUAUGCGUUAUAGUUAAUUUGUAUUAUACCGAAGGAUUCAAUGUAAACUGUGGUUUAAGACAGUAUUUGUUUUGUCACUUAUCUUUUUUUAAAUGUAAAUUGAUGAGCUUAAGUAUAUAUAAUGUAACCUAAUGUUUGAACACUGAUGUAUAAUAAUGUAAAUACGUUAUUGUAUGCGGAUUAUAUAAUAUGCAAACAUACUAGUGAAGAGCAUUUACACUCAUUGUUAAAUACACUUUUUUUUAUUCGUGAUCAAGAAAUGGUCUGUCUAUUGACAUUAACAAGAGUAAUAAUGUACAUUUUCCACAGGUUCUGUGCCCAGAACAAAGUUCAAAUUUAAGUACGGUGAUGCAAAUUGUUGUGAUCAAUAAAUAUCUAGAUUUACUGUAAAUAAACAAAUUUAAAUUUAAAGUCAAACUCAGAGUGUAAGUCCUUGUUUAGGCCUGUUGAUUACUUAUUUUAAGCUUAUUGGUGAAGUUUCUCAUAUUGUGUUAACUAAAUUGAAUGUCAACCACAACUCAUCUGUUCUUAGAAAACGUACUGAACUCUGGGCUCACAUACUAAUAGACCUGGUGUCAUUAUGUUUGAUGACACUUGAAUGAUAUUAACAAUUUAAUUUUUAUUUUAUUUAUUGCAAUAUACUGAUUACUGACGGUCUUACUAUAAAUGAUGAUAAUGGCACCACUAGAAGAGGGGAUAAUAAGCUUAAAAUAUAUUUUAUUUUUAAACAUGCUUAUAGUUUUGAGAAAAAUUAAAAUAUUGUCAUGCCGAUUUGGCAUAGAUCAGUUUAUGUAAAAUAAGAUGUGAUGAUCAACCUUUUUUAUUGAAACAAGUCGUUAUAAAGGUUAACUUGUAGAUCAGCGGUGCCGUAUGUUUAUAAACAAACGCAUGUAAUUGAAAAUGAGUUGCAUGCGUUACAUGAUUGUAUGUUUUAUUCUUGUAUAAGUCAUGCCAUCUAUGAAAAAGCUUUGCUUUUUAAUCUUAAUUCUAUGACCCUUCUUGUAAAUGACAAAUUAGAAUACUCUUUCACAAAUGGUAGCUUGUCAAGAAAUAUACUCAAAUCUUCUGCGUAAUUAGACAAAGGUUUUUCAAGUGUUACACAUUUGUUACACAAAUGUUGUGUGUUUUCUAAUGUGGUGUAUUUUACUAGAUUACCAUCACCAUUUUAAUAAAUGGUAAUAAUAUAUGUUUGCCUGACUUGGUUUUCUUUGAUCAUGUCCUUCCUUAUUUGUAAAAGCUAUUGCAAAAAAAAUAUCAAAUUCUAAAAGCUUGUAUGUGAAAAAGAAAUCCCCACAUGCUUCGCUUGCUAUGUCAUUUGUAUAUGCUUAUUAUGUGUAUUUGUUUUGAUUUUUCUCACGGACCAUGUGGCUUUUUUAUUCUGUAUUCAGAAUAAGCUAAACUUUCAAUAAGCCUGUAUUCAAAAUAAACUAUCCUAUCUUUAUAUGUAAGAUCAUAUCAUAUUUGAGCACAUUCAGUGCACCUUUCAGUAUUCAGGUUUACAUAUAUGUAUUUUUCAUUUCUCCAUUUUAAGCAUAGCCAUGAUAUUUAUGCGUAACGAUUACCAACAUAUCCCUAGUUUGAGUUAUAUAAUAUAUGAUAGUCCAUUAGGUAUUCUGUAAACUAGUUGAUGUAUAUAAUUAUAUAAUCUCUUAUAAUUCUUAUAAUUCUGUAAAAAUAUAUAUCGUGUUUUAUAUGUUAAGUGUGAAUGUAUCUAUGUACAUGGAUUAGCCUUAAUAAUCUUUAAUAAACAUCAACCACAUUUUGGCCACAACCAAAUCAUGUUUGCUAUACAGACACAAAAGAAUGACUCUUCUCGUGGCCUUAUUGUGCCAAACAUAGAAUAAUGAGGCUCUAUGACGCUCUAUCAAGUGUCGAAUGAACAGUAAGAAAUCCUUUUUAGGUUCUACCUAUGUCAAUUCAGUGCCCAGAACAUCCAAAUUCUGUCAGAUUAAAGCUCAUCUAGUGUCAAACUUACCACAGCAGGGUUCUCACACACCAAACCCAGCUGAAAACAUGCAUCUACAAUUACGUGUAAGGGAAACACCAAAGCAGCAUUCCACUCAGUGGUUUAACCACACAAGGAUUCUACACGGGGUCCGGUUCGGACUAUUCCUAUUGUGACAACAAUCAAGCAUAUGUAUAGAAAGGCAAACCUAAGUAUAUUCUUAAAGCAGUCCAGUUUUCUAUCAUUUUAAUUGUGACGACGUAAACACUAAUUUGAAAGCACUCAGAGCCAAAUAAAUUUGCAUUUGCAUCGAAUACUAGAAAAUCGUACAGGAUAUCUCAGUUUCUGUGACUUUUUUGUACUUUUAUCUAGAUAUGACUUUGGUCGUGACCUUAAGUAAGUUAUUACAUCAUAUUAAUGCAAGGUACAUUUGGAACAAGGGCAAACAGCAUUGAACUAUUCAUCCCUAUUCAUUUAAAUGUGCGCCGUAUUUAGGAUAAAACAUAAAUAUAUAUAUAUAAAUGGUGACCAUCUUAAUGUCAUCUUGGAAAUCUUGGUCCUCAUUAAACGUUGGCUACACGAACUUAAUUUCAAACAAUUCCGCAAUACUGCAACACAUUUUUUGGAUUUUUAUCUUCAAGCACAUCACCAGCAUCAUCAAAUUGAAAUAUAGGGCUCACUCCCUUUAGAAUCGUUAAAUAAAUCAUUUUCAAGUAAGUUUAGUGUUGCCACGGGAAACGUUUGUAGGUAUUUUGAAAAAAGAAUACUUUCAACAUCUUAAUAUAUAAUGUCCAUAAACUAGGCAUUUUUAGCUAACUGUUACUUCUAUAGGUAUUUAUCAACAUCAUUAGGGUAACGGCGGUCAUCUUGAUCUUUUCCAGGUAUAGAAUGAAUUCGGACUAGGUCCUGAGCUUUAUCCUGCAUCGACAAAAACAUGUUUAACAAAACAUAUUGAGGCAAUUUAUGGAUUAGAAUCCUAUAAAAAAACAAAUCAUUUGCAUUUUGAAGGUCCUUUCUGUCUUUUUUUUGGUUUAAUCAAAUGAGUUGUGAGUAUGAUAUAGACUGCCUUGUGUUUAUGAUAAAAAACGACGGGUUUAAAUCAGUUUUAAAGUGGCACUCUAACUCAAAAUCAAUAUAUACACAUGUAUGACAAACAUAAAUUUUAAGUGAUAACCUUUAACUACUUACUAAAUAAUGUUCUUAUGGAAAAUAUUGAUUACUGACACCAAUAUUGUCACGAUGUAUGUAAUAGCUGAAAACCCAAAAGUAUUAAAUGAUAGGUGAGUGGUGAAAGAUUUACCAUUUUCGUCUCAUAAGGUCAAAAUACCUUAUUUCCGAUAUAUCAAAUUUUCUGCACCUUUCUUUCAAACUUUAACUUGGUAUCCUUCAUACGAGAUUAUUCACCCUUUUUGUGUAAUAAAACAUUUGUAUUAACUGUGUUAAAUCUUAUUUGGAUAAGAGUUAAUCUUUUACAUGCACACUCUGUUAUUACACUAUCCUUCACAACCUAGAAUUGACAUAUAUUUGUAUGCGUCAUUUUAUACCAACUAGCUAGCUAGAAAUUUAAACUCAGUGGAGGGAUUUUUCAAAUUUGUUUUUGACGUUUAUUUACAAAACAAUAAUAUGUAUCGGUUUCAAUGUUUUUCGAUAUAAAAUAUGGCCUCCGACCAACUAUAGAUGCCUUCUAUUUUAUUAAGUUUCUAACGAAACGAUUUUUUAGAAAUAUUGCUGGAACUUGCUAAAACUUGCUCUGCACUUAAGUAAUUAACAUUCAAACAUACGUCAUUGAUGGACGUUAUCAAACUCGAGGUUCCAAACAGACUAUUUCUAAACAUCAAUACAUUUGACAAUUCAGGGAUGAGCCGGGAAGCCAAAUAUUUAAUGAAGACCAUGCUUCGAACAGCAAUAUGCAAGGAAUUUCACAGAAAUUAUGAGUUAAUAUCUUAAUACAUAGUUUAAUAUAUAUAAACUGCAAGGUGUUCGAAAGGAGCGAUAUAUUCCCCUCCCCGAACCUGUAUUUCUGGUUAUAUGACUUAUGUGAAAUACUUUGUUUUUCAUUAAUGGAAUAUGGAUUGCUUAAACGCCCGGAUUUAAGGUACUCUUGUCUGGACAUAUAUGGACAUAUACAAACUUUCGGAUGUAAUAUACGUUUGAUAUAAUAUUAAAAUUCCAAUAUGUAUUCCGGUGACUGUAGUGGAUUUGCUCUGCAUGGUCUGAUAAGUUCCGCCUACCAGCUAGUAGUCAGCGAAUAAAAUUCAUGAAUUAUAUGCAUGUAUUUCAAGAACAAUAGUUAGUUGUUGUUAAGCUGUUAUACAGAAUAAACCUUUUAUACAAA